GAACCGAACCACACUCGUCUUCUCCUCCUCCCCGUCGUCUUCUCCACUGGACUCCCCUCGACUCGGCUGGAGGCGGCGUGGACGUGGUACGGUUCCUUCACCCCAACGGUAGUCAACCAUGGUUUUCCUUCAGACAGAGAUGUGCUGGAAUGUAGUGAUCUCAGCUGGUCAGCUGAGCCCCAAGGGUCUGCUGCUCCGCAAGUCUAUCAUUGUGCGUCUUCUGGAGGACGUAACCAACAGGAAGGCCUCCAAGGAGCAUGGCUACUACAUUGCUGUCAAUGGGCUGAAGGAGAUAUCUGACGGGAAAAUUCGUGAGCUGACCGGAGAUGUUCUUUUCCCGGUCACAUUCACCUGCAUCACUCAGAGGCCUAUGAAGGGCGAGAUCUUGGUCGGCUCCGUGGAGAAGAUCCUCAAGCAUGGCGUGUUCCUCAAAUCUGGGCCGAUGGAAAACAUCUUCAUGCCGGCGAAGUCAAUGAGCGACUACAAGUACAUGGGCGGUGAGAACCCCAUGUUCAUGAAGGACUACUCGAAGCUGGAGAAGCACACCAUCGUGCGCUUCAAGGUCAUGGGGUUCUGCUGGAUGGAAGCAGAUCGCCAGUUCCGGCUCCUCGCGACGAUGGCUGGUGAUUUCCUUGGGCCGCUGUGAUCAGCUUCGACAGGUUAACCAUGGUCCCUGAUUUAUAUUUUGUUAUCCUGGUGGGUGAUUGGAUGGGUCUGCGAUGUGUUACGUCUAAUCUAAUUUGCUGUCUGUACUUCGUUGUCGUGAUGACUGAUGGCACAUAGUUGUUUUAACUUGUCGAGUUGAUGCGAGCUCUAGCUGUGA